GCACAACAGUAUUAACGCGGAGAAGCGCCGGAAGCGCCUGCUUCCCCCUGUCGUCAGAUCAGCGCAGCACUACAUUGAACCGCUGCACGUCGUUGCAGUCGCUAGCGGCAGCAGCCAUCGCUGUGUUCUUAGCCCGAUAAAAGGCGAGUGCUGCGGAGUUCGCCGAGCAUUGGGGACUAGACAAGGUGAGAUUAGGCCGACCGCCCUGAAUGAUGGCACGGCUGCUCAAGCGGCGGUCUCGGCCAUCAGGGGCUGAUGCAGAUGGCCAGGCUGGUGAUACUAAGGACGGUGAAAAGCAACCGGAUUUCAACGCGGGAUACCUGAAGCCAUUUGAUUAUGGCUUCCUGAGGGAAGUAGUUAUGAGGGCUUCUAACCUUGGUAUGCCGAACAGUGGCCGUAUACUGGCAGACGUCUACUACCACACAAGCAGUGGGCAGAAACUGCGAUCAAGGCCUGAAGUUGCAGCAUUCUUGGCAGCCAAUCCUGAAGUACCUCUCACAGUCGACCACUUCACGUUUGUUCGCACGCCCAUCUACAGGCCGCCGCUAGAGCUUGUGCGGAAGGCGGCUCCUCGUGGCAAUGCAAUGCCAGUCCCUGAAACUGCAGUCGCAUUGGCUGAAGAGAGCAAGAGGACUGCCAGCGUACCAUGUGAGCUUGGACAACACCAUGCAAGUGUAGACAACACGACUGGACGUAGAGUGGCACGCAAGCGUCUUUGCUGCUGUGAGGAGCAGUGUAGCGGCUCCAAGCAGCUACGCUCAUCAGAGAAUACGCAGUUGCAACCUUCAUUCUGGCAAGACCAUGCCCUGCCAGCUGGUGAAACAAGGUUGGCCAACAAACAUUUUCUGAAACGCCACGGGCUGCAGAAAGCGGCGACCGAGCUGCUUGGGGAACAAUUGAGACACGCUGCCAAAGUGGACAAUGUGCAAGCAACUUCCCCAAAAAAGCUCAGUGGAAGUCUGGUGGCAGCCUCCAAUAACAAGUCUCGCCCAAGAAAAGUUACAGACACACAGCCUAGCAAUCUAAAGUCGGCUUCUCCUCCCCGAAAGCAGGUUUGUUCACCUCAAUCUUCCCCAUCUGAUGACGACAAAGUUAUGAAGACAGGGCCUUCAUCACCAAGCAAGGACAGUGUUGUUAUCAAGGACGGCGCAGCAAAUGACUCAGUAGAGAUAUUGGAAGAGAUUGUGGCACCAAGCAGCAUGUCCUCUCAGGGAAAGCCAUUGAGACAGUUCCGGAUAUCGAAACAUUUGCAGGCAACCUCCCCUAUAUCAGAGCCUUCUGCAGUCACACUUGUAAGCUCAAGUUCAAAGCGCCCAGUGGUGGUGGUGAGGGAUUUUCUCAAAGGUGGCGAACUGUCUGACCUUUCGCUGGGAGAAGACAAAAGAACGCCACCUAAAGAGGCAACUCUCGUCACACCUCAUGUGCGCAGCGACUACUGGCGGAACACGGCUGCCUGGGACAUCUACAAGGUUCUGAAAGCGAGACAGAAUGGCUCGACGCCAGGGAACCGAGACAAGUCGCCGGUGGCAGUGGAAGUGCGCUUGACUGACAUUUCGACGGACCGAGCUGUAUUGGAUGAGGAUGUGGCCCAAGCCAGCCAGGCUCCCCCUGUUCAGUGCCUUCCAAGUGUUGUACAGAGCAAACAACCAGCAUUCAUCGAAGCAAGCUCUAUGCAAAGGGAACAGACGGUCGAGCCGUGCAAUCUCAGGUGCCCCAAAGCCAUAGACGAGACACCGCAGUUGCUGUGCACACGUUGUCUUUGCCUGUUUCAUCCAGUGUGCGUUGGAAUGACAAAUAGCCAUCCAGCUGCUGCCAAGGGGCGUUUUAUCUGCAAGGCUUGCACUAAGAAGCCUUACAAGGCUUCAGGAAUGUCAGGGAGCACGGAACAGGCUUCUAUAUCGGAAAACACCACUGCAAGUUCCAAGAACACAAGUUAUAAGCCUGAAGUUACGUUGUUGCGCAUUUCAAAAGAAAAUACGGCAAAAACAAUGCCUUCCAAGGCUAUUGCUUCUUCAACAGCAGCACCAGUGAACACACAGUGUCUUAGUUUUUCAACCACAUCAACAGUGACUUCCACAGUGCCUUCCUCCUUGUCAGACUCGCCCGUGGGGGUCAAAAGUACACUUGCAUUGAGCUCGAGCAGCAGCAUCUCUGUGCCUGUAUUUCACGUAGUGUCUAGUGGCCCAAGACCUUCCACUAGUGGCACACCCUUAAGACAUGUGGCUCAACGUCCUCGCCUGCCAUUCCUGCUACCUGCUCCUGUACCACCAAUGACUAGCGGCAACGUAAAAGAGAUGCCUGCCCUAAAAGUUCAAUCCAAGGGUCCCCAGAACCUUACAGUGGUUCCAAGUGUCUACUACACAAUCCAGGUGACUCAGAAGCCUGGCAGCAUAAAUGGCGAGGAGCUGAAAUCUCUGGUCAAUCAACUGGUUCAGAAGCAUCCGGAAGAGCUGAACAAAAUGGGCAGUGGGGAAACGAUUGUCCUUCAGACACCUUCACUCUCAUUGCAGGCAGCAAAGACUGUGCAACCAGCUGGCUCCCCUAUAAUCGUCAGGGAGCAUCCAAUGGCAAGAUUGCCUGUCAUGGCCAAUGUUCAAGCAGCAAAUCUCUCAGUCACUUCCACACAUCCUUUGAUUGCAACAGAGGCAGUUACUGCGGGGCCACUUCCCUCAAAUUUUGUAGAAGCUGUCCUUGGCGAUGGUGGCCAAACACUUCCAGCACGGCACAUUGUGGCAGGGAAAAGCUUGCUUCGCGCUCCACGAAAUAUCGGGAACGUAACGGUCAUGUCAACUGUGGCCCUGCAGAAGCAAGCAAUACCACUGCAGGACACCACAUGUGCUGCCACAACAAUGGUGCCAUCUUCUCAACACCAAUGCCUCGUCGGAGUUGGUGUGCCAACAAUAGGGCCACAGAAGCCUGUGUGCAACAUUUCUAGUGUUCCAGCUGUGAGUGUUGCAAGUGCACAGUGUCCAGUAACUUCAGGCACACCUCAAACCAGUUGUGGAAAAGAGAUUGUCCCAAAAUUGGAAGUUGCAGCACAGCAAUCGGCCCUUGAGGAAGAGAGUUUCUCUAUGCCUGUUGGUACUGAGAGCAGCAAACUAGGUGCAGUGUUUUUGGGUCCACCAGACUGUGAAGUGAGUGCAUUUGAUGCAUCUCAAGUCAUCACUGAAGGUGAGACUAUUUAUGGACUUGACACACUGCCUGUAGACCCACAACCAUCGUGCAUCAUCACUUCCUCAUAUUCUUUGGCUGGUGAGCACAGCGAGGCAAGCUUGUGGCAAUCAUGUGAUGUAUCUGAAGCGGAUGGAGCUGUGGGAAAUACGCAGCACCAUCUUCCCAAUGCUGUUGAUGAAACUGUUACAGUUGAGAAGCCAGCAGCCAACACCGAACAGGUACAACUAAAGGAAGUGCCAAAAAUUCCUGUGCCUUGUUCUCUGAAGUCUGUUAAACCUUUGCGCUCGAAAAGCAAGCGGCAUCACCGUGUUCUUUCAAGCACUGACUCGAGUGGAGCGUCUGUCUGGGUUUAUAGCGAUGGCCAGCUGACCUGCGUGCGCGACAAGCCAAAGGCCACUGUCCGUGCAUUGCAGCUGGAAAAUGCAGUUCCAAACUGUUCAAGAGACAUGCAGAGUUUGACCGAUUGUUUCACCGCCUUGAAUCACAUCCUGCAGUGGCUUCCAGCACCAUCUCUCUGCAAAGUUGCCCAGGUCUGUCGUGCAUGGAGGAUGUUCACUCAGAUGCCACAUUUGUGGAAGAGGGUCGACUUCAGACGUCUCCGUGUUCAUGACUGGAAUGCGUGUGUGGCCAAGUUGAAACGCAUGCAGAGUGAAGAGCUUGUGUUGGACAGGGACAGCCUGGAUCCUGUGUUGUCUAAGGCCAAGCACUUGGAAGCAGUGCAGCAUGUGGAGGUGGAGGUGAAUUCCUUACAGCUUGUGGGCCUGGGAGAGGCCUUCCUUCACCUCCGUAGCCUGUCUGCUGUGAUCACUCGCAAAGGCCCCAUUGCCAAGGGUGGAGCGGGCGAGCGUUCCACACAGCGCCAUCCAGCAUCCCUGGGUGGCCUUUCUGAGCUCCUGUGUGCGACUGGCCUUGAGCGACUGGAACUAAGUGGUGCCCAUGGCUUGGCUCUCCUGCCCCUAACCAUGCCAACACACAGUCUGGCCCAAAGGUGCCAGCAUUUGCGAGCACUGUCUUUGCUGACCGUGAAGAGCAUGAGCCCAGCUAUGGUGUUCCUCGUCAGCCUCCUGCGUGGCCUGGAAGAGCUGCACUUGGGUGACUGUGUCAACUGGAGCGAAAUAUCAUUUGUCAACAUUGGGAAAUUGAAGCAGCUUCGAUGGCUGACGCUUGAGCGAGGUGAGGACAAUGACGGUUUUCGGACCAUGCUACUAAGGCUGGAAAAACUGCAAAGACUGGAUCUCAAGCAAUGGACACUUCGUAACAGUCUCGCAGACACGCUGUGCAAAAUGAACGAGUUGCGUCGACUGUUGUUCUGGCCUCUGACCACUGGUUCGACAAUGAUGCAGACGUUAAGGACAAACCGGAACAUCCUACGUUCCUGUUUAGCUGUUGGAUCCAAGCUGGAGAAAGUAACGUGGAUUGUGAACUGCAAGCUCAUCGGGGCUCCGUUCAAUGUGCAGCCGGUUGCGUUGGAUGUGAACUUGGCAUUUGAGUAUGGAACUCUGUGCCAGUGCCCAACAGCCAUUGCUACAUCUUACUAUGCGCGUGUUCUGCCACCAGUUGCCAGUGACAACGCAAAAGGUCCACAAGCUCGAAAGAGCAUACCGAAGAGCACCGAAGCUGAACCCUGUUCUUCUAGCGAGGCCUCUCCUGCCCAUCGUGCACAUUGUCGCAGUUUAGCAGAGGCUAACUUUUCAACUUCAUCAAAGCACUCACAGGAGCUGCCACCCUGUUGUGCUCUUGCAAAGACACUACUCGAGGUGUGGAAGCCAAACAUGCAUCGCUCCUGGCAGAUGACACUCAGACAGUUGUGCCAGGGAUUGAAACACUGUCUUGGUCCUAAGAGUGCUGUUUGCAUUUGCAUUCAUGUCGAGCAGUAAACCAUGCACUAGUGGAACUUUCUGUUGGGUUAUUUGGUAAAUGUCUCGUUUAAGUAGUCAACUUCAUGCCAAAAUCACAACCACACUCAAGAAGAAAACACAUAGACAGAAGGGGCGCUCACUUAAAGCUGUUUGAUUCUUGAGGAAACAGGCCAUCAUAAACUCACUUCUCAUCAACACAUGUGCAACAUGAUCGGGCCCGUCGCUUACCCAAUCACACUAUUGGACGUAUGCUCCCGAUUCAUACAGGUUUAGUGAUGUUUCGCUAACUGAAUUAACACCCCGUUCCUUUAUUUGAUAGGCCUCCACAAUUUCCCGUGCUAUCUUGCUUUUAUUUUUUCCUGGAUCCUAAUGUGCUUGAAGCAUGGUGUGCAUCCACAUGAAUUUACAUGCAUGCUUUGUUGCGCACAGUCUUUGUUCUUUAUGAUGAGAGCGUGUUCCCUCGCUCGAUUAUUGAUGCAGUGCCUCGUGUGGCAAACAUAGCUUUUUCCGCAUGAUGGGGGUAUUGUGUACAUCACUCCAGUGGCAAAUUUCGUGAACAUUUCGUCUUUCUUAUUGUGUGGAUAUGAUUUUGGUGCGAAGUUGGCUAUUUGAUUCAGACAUGCACUGGUAUUGUGCUGCUUGGUACACUACUGGAAGCUGUUCCAUCUGUUGUUAUUGGUGCAUCAAAAGACGAGAUGCCACUCUUGUGAGUAAUCUGUAUGGAAAAUAUCCCUGGGGACUGUUGGCUAUGAUCGGUCAUUCUUGAGGCCCGUGCGCUUCAUCCCAUGCAUUUGGACUACCGUAUUUACUCGCAUAAUCCUCGCACUUUCUUUUGCCGGAAAACCGAUGAAAAGUUGGGGGGUGCGAGAAUUACGCCGGGAAAACUUUCUACGAAAACGUACAGAGCGAAAAAGAAACCGAAGUGUCCGCAAAUCUGGAUUCUCACACCAACAACUAACAGCAAGCUUUAAGAAGUACUAAUUAAAACUUACCUCAACAAUAAAAGCAGAGGUUCAACACAAGACAAGAUUAAUUUGAGACACAAAAACUGGAAGCAAAUAGUCGAGAAUUAGAAUACCAUACGCAAAGCUUGCGGACGUUGCGGGUGUAGCGGUAGCGUUCGUCGCUCAACAGGAGCCCUCAAAAGGUAAGUGUGGGAUGUCAGUAUUGGGCUAAUGGCUAUUUAACAGAAUUUUCCGCAGUUUCCUUUUUAACAAAUAAAGUUUAUCAUCAAUCCCAAGGGCCUACCGGCGGCCCUGUUGCCAUUCUUUAGUGCAUUAUCUAUCACUUGCAACUUGAAAGCAGCCGUACAGCUUCAGUAUUGCCUCAUAACUUGACAAGCUUACCGACGCAACAUACAAAACACGCCGCAAUGUGCACUGGCCACGUCGGCUUCGCUUGAGUUGGAUUGAAUAUCUGUGCAAUAGUACGCUUGAUCCUUAAGAGAUGGCGCCAGAUGAUGUGCGCUAUCAAUAUCAGUGGCUGGAAAGAGCAGGCGACAUUACUGCAGCAGUUUUCGGGGGUGCGAUAAUUACUCGAGGACAAAAAGAAAUUGUAUUUUUGUUGGGCGAUGUGGGGGGUGCGAGAAUUGUGCGAGUGCGAGGAUUACGCGAGUAAAUACGGUAUUUAAUAGCGCAUUGACUGUUUCACCACAAAGUUUCUGUUCUGCUUGAUAACGCAGUACAGUUACAACCUAGUGUGCAAGACAGGCACUUCAAUUUUUUUUCUUUCCUCUCAAUGAAAAGUCAUUUUCAGCAACUUCACCAUGCCUAUACAUAUUGCAGCUCAUAAGACAUGCAACAAAACUAUGGUAUAGGUUGUACACAUAGCCAACAAAAUGAAGUUUUGCGUGUUAUUCAGGAACCUGCAUUAGUACAACAAAGCCAUUGUCAUAGGACAUGCGUAAGUCUCUCCAGGAAAGUCUACAUAACCCAAACAUAGUCAUCAUAGAUGCACAUGUGAAAUGAGCAGUACAAAGGAGCUUGUCUUCUGUUGGCUUUUUUUUUAGUGCUAAUUCACAUCACCCUUAUGAGUUUACCCUUCCUCUGUUCAUAAAAGUAUGAGGAAUCAAAAUUACCUGCUGGUUUUGUAAGUGUUCUUUUGAAAAGGCGUUACUGAACUGCUUCACAAAUUUUAUGUAGAAACAUUGCAGGAACAGUUGUAUGUAUUAUUACUUUGACAAAAGAUACAUUAUUUUGCUUUGUUUCUUGUUUUAUUUAUCUCAUCAGUGCAUUAAGAAAUCUUUGAUAGUUCAUAUGAAGGAAGGAACAGAGCUUGCACUAGCUCACAGCUUUCUUUCUAAACCCUUUCAAAGAGGGCACCCAAACAGUCUGUCUGAUUACAUGGACUUCAAGCGGCGGUAAACUAUUGCCAUGUAUGUGGUAUUUUCGUGUAUGUGGCGUAUGUGGUAAAAAGCAAGCCCCAUAAUAAAUGCGGCUUUCAAGUGCUCACACUGUUUGGGUUGUCUUCAUAAUAGAAUGACUAAAAGCAUGCGCCCUCUUUGGGUAAAUAGCCUUGAAUAUCAGUAGUGCAGAAGAUAUGAUGAAAAAAGUCUACCCGUAUCACACUGACCAACUAGGCUGUUCCAAAGCAUCUCUCUAAUAGACCCUAUUGCGAAUUUUCGCUUACACACUGGACACUCUAGAGCACCCCCUGAGGACGGAAUCGCUCAAAAUCGAUUCAAUAUUCAACCACUUAGAAGCAAUUGGGCCACCAUCUUACGACCAUGCAUGCAGGAGGCUAACUGUCACAUUCACUUCCUCGGCUAGCAUCCACAACUGGAAUACUGUAUUAUCUAAAGUGCUGAUGGCAUCACGCUCAUGUGACUAGGCCCACUUUCUGUUUUGCUUUCUGGUGUGAUGGCAUUGUGUAGUAUGCAUUGUAUACUCAAGUCCUGUGCCAUGAUCAGAGGCACGUUUAUGUAACUUUCACUAUCCCUUAAAGCAUUGCUUUCUUAUGUCGUUGUUCUGAGGGAAAAGAGAAAACCAGGCUUUUAUAAGACUAUUCUAAUCUGCUGCUACUUUUUUUAUGUAGCAUAUAUUAUGGUUCGUACGAAAUCAGCACUCCAUCACUAUUUUAGCUGUACUCAAAGUGUAGGAGCUGAUUCUGACAUGUAUCAGGUCCUUUAUUUUUUGAAGUAAUACUUCACAAUAUAAAACAGCUAGUGCUAUGUUUAUUUAACUUGAACACAACUUGCAUACUACAAAUAGUUUUUUUUUCUCAAAUUCGGAGGCAAACCUUCUUUCUUAUUUACUUUGUGGAUGACAACUCAUUAGUUUUUAUUCGCUUCAUUUUUAAUGUACUUAGCACUUGCUAAGCUCACCUGUUUGCUCUCUUUUCAAGUAUGGCCGCUUCAAAGUAUGCAGUGCGUGGAUCGCUUAGUCUGAGCAUAUCCGAAAAGAUCCUAGGGCUUGUAGCUCUUACUUGCAUUCUGUAUAGAUUGCCUAAUAAAGUUAGAGCUUAUUAUUUGCAAUGGUCUGUAUGUACAGUCUGUUUCACAAUUAGGGUAAAUCUUGGAUCGCUUGAUAGGUGGUGCGGCCAGCGCUGUAUCCACGUGCCGCCAUAUAAAUUGAUAUGAUUCAACACUAUGGCCCUUCAAGUGUCUCUGCAUGUGCGAGCUGCUGGCUAUACACAUUUGCUGCGCUGGCCGCACCGCGAUUUUUGCGAUCCGAGAUUUCCGCUAAGUGUGAAACAGACUGUACCUAUAUACUAUAUGUGUUUUCAAUGUGUCUGUAUAUGAACAAUGUUAUUAUGAGCUAUAUAGGUUACCCAGCUUUAUGUUAACACAUUCCUGAUGUGUUGUUCGCCGCUCAUCUUAUAAAUAUUGAGGAUAUUUAUUGAGAUGUGUUCAUGCCACAUGUAAAAACCUCUACUUAGCCGCCUCAAUUUGUUGCACUUUGUACUAAGAACUGUAGGUAUGCUUCUUCAUGAGCGUGUGUCAGCCUACCAGUCAUGCCUAAUGACAUGGUACAAUUAAUAUAAAGAUGAAGAAUACAUUUAUAUAUGCAUUUCAAAUGACAUUUUGUUUUUUCUCUUUUCGUUGCUAUGCCAUUGUGUGCAAAUGCGCAUACGUUUUUUGUGGUCUUGUAUGUGUACUUCAUAAUACAAUGUGCUUGGCAAAUGCC